AUGUGCUUCAUGGAAAAUCCUGCCCCAGUUUUCUACGCCAAGUGCAAGCAUACCGUCAAUGUCCCUAAAGAGCCAACUCCCCAAAUGUGUCCUAAAGCGGCAAAGCGCUCACCCCCAUCAUGGUGCCCUGAUCCUCCUAAACCUACCUCCAAGGCAUCAAGCACAAACCGCCUACAUCUCUAUAUGAGACUCCCAUUAAUCUGUACCUGGUUCUAUGAUAUCGUUUGGCCUUCUAUAACUAAGGAGUUGGACGAGUCGAAGGAUGUUGUAGAAUCUCAGCUCGAUAAUCUCCACACCCUCCAAACAAAUGAAACGGGAGCUAUAUCAACUCUCAACUCUCAACCUCGAACGGACAAACUAGAGCCCACGAACACGUCUGGACAAUUCCACACUACUCAACGUUCUCCAUUUUCCCAUGAUCCUUAUAUUGGUCUCCCAAUAAUUGGAAAUGGUAUGACUGGGAUUGUCCUUAAGAUGGGGGAACGCCGUGCUGUUAAGAAAGCUAAGAAAUAUCCACCUGGGUCCUUUGAUGACCCCAAGGAUAUGGAAUAUAUAAACAAGAUAAAUCAGCAAACACUCGAGAAUGAGAUCCAAGUCUUUGAACGCCUGGGCAGCUAUGAAGGGAUUAUUCCGUACUUUCAAACAUCUCAGUAUGGGAUUGAGCUAGCCCUUGCAGAAGGAGACCUUGAGUCCUAUCUAGAUACCUGUGCAGAGCGUGAGGACUCCCUGAAAAUCAACUGGAUAUCAAGUCUCAUUGACACAUUUGCACACGCCCACUCUCGCAAAGUAUUUGUGGAUGAUAUUGCUCUCCGCAAUAUUUUAAUCCUGGAUGAGAAGCUUAAGCUUGCUGAUUUCGGACAAUCCAUUUUAUUACCACCCAAUACCGAUAUUACUUCCGCAGAUAACGAUGGCUUGAAUGUUCAGGUUGAGAUACUUCAUAUUGGCUGGGUUCUCUACUCGAUUGCAUCCUGGCGUGUCCAUAAAUACUAUUUCUUCAACUCCGAGAACCCUGACCUCUGCUGGCCUGAACCAGACUCAUUCCCAAAUGUGGAUGAUGUACUCUGCGGAAAAGUAAUCAGGAAGUGCUGGCAGGGUGAAUAUGCGAGUAUGGAGAAUUUGAAAGACGAGGCCCGCCAAUUACUCGUUGGCCACUAA